CAGGCGGGGGUGAGAACGAGGCUGGGCGGGGGAGGGGAGCGCGCGCCCUUCGUGGGCCGAGCCCCUCCCUCGGCCCGAUGCCCUUGCUCGUGGGGCUUCCUCCCGGGGCACUGUUCCGUGCUUCCCGCUUUCGUCCUUGUCUCUUUUCUUCCUUCGCUCCCCUCCGCCUUUUCCUUCCUGCUCCCCUCAACAUUUGCAUCCUCCUGCCUCCCGCUCUCCCGGAGUGGGGUGGUGAGCCUGUCGGUGUUCGCUCUGGUGAAUAAACUGAAGCCAAGAGAACUGAAAUAACUUCCCUAAGAUCACACAGUUACUAAACGUCAUGGAAAAAAUUAUUCUUGGAAUUUUUUCCCACGCUUCAAAUCAUUCUCAGCAUUUGCCUGAUACUGUUUUUUUUUUAGUACAUGACACUUUUUUUCAUGUUAUUAUUGUACCUGCUUCUAUCUUUUUUUAUUUUAAAUUUGAACUCAUGGGAAAGCUCCCUGUGAACUUGCAUUAGCAGAAUCAAAAUCUGAUGAGUUCAAGGACGAGGAUGGAGAAAAGGCUAUUAGAUUUGGUAAUUAAGGAGACCAGUAAUUUGGAAAAAACCAAAGAUUAACUCUUUGUCUUUAUAUGUUUUAUGUGCCCUUCUUUUAUUUGAAUCGUUGGAAACUAUUAGAAUUUUGUUUUAGACAGCUUCCUAUCCUUCUCAUUGGAGUAUGAUGUCUACCUGGCUUCAGGAUUUACUUACCACUUGGUAUGAAAAAGACAAGGAAGGCAUGUCAGAGAAGACAGUAGAAAGGAAGAUUGUACCAGGAGUGCAGGUGGUGAGGGGGAGAACCUUUGUUAACAAAAAAAAAGAAGGCAUGUGUAUUCAAGAAAAACAAAGUCCCUCGUUGUCUGUGUCUAAAAAAUAUACAUUUCAAUCUGCACCCAGAGCUGCAUCACCUCUUUGUUAGAAGGGGGAUUCCUACCAUGCUUCUUGAUGCAGACUUUGGAAUUGUAACUGUUGCCGUGGAGACGAAGAGACGCUGCUCUGAGAACAAGGGGUUCCCUAGCUAGUCUAUGAAGAGGAGAGGUGGGGAACGAAAGAACACCCUGGUCAGGUCUCGCCUCUGACCAAAACAAGCCAUGGCGACCCCCAUCAGCCGCGGGUACUUGGAGCUGGGACCCACAGACGUCCUGGAGCGCAAAGGUUCCCUCACCCUCCGCUCCCGCCACGUGAAGUACUCGAAGCCGGUCCUGAUGUAUCGCUGGCAUGUAGACAGAGAAGGAUGUCCCAAAGAUUAUGAUAUAGAUGAAUUUCCCAUGGGCUCAAAAAAUCUGUGUAAUUCAAGUUAUUGGAGGUUUGGAACAAAGGAUGCUAUGCCUUGGAAAUCAGAAGCACACGAACAGAUGGAGCAAUCUUAUGUAAACAAAGAAGUUGUGGAAAGAAGUAGUUUACCCCUGCUGAAUAAUGACACAUUUGACUCUGGGAUUAUUGAACGAGACACUGCAUUGCCCAGAAGAGGUUUUGGAGCUCUCUUUUCUCGACACCCACCAGAUCACCGUAAAAUGCAACAUAUGACGACAUAUCGUGAAGAAUAUGUUCCUCCCUAUGAUUACACAAAAGUUAUGCAACCCCUCCAGGAUAUUUACUCGACAGUUCGCAGAAAAUGCUGUUCUCAGUUCAAUGAUGUUGGAGGUUUUAAAAGAAUAGGUAUCCAUUCAUGGCAGGAUGAGAGUGGGAUUUAUCCCAAUGCACAUGUAAGACAAAUGAUCUUCCCAUCAGUUAAUCCUAUCCUCCCUAUUCUGAAAUAAUGCACUGUAUCAAAGGUGCGAAAGAGCAAUAAACAAUCAGUUAAUGGUGUAUUAUAUGUUCUAAUAAAUAAAACUGAAG